AUGCGUGCCUCCGUCCUCGUCCUCGCCCUCUCGGCCCUCGCCGCCGCCCAGUCUGGCACCGAGUCUGGCGUCCAGUCUGCCACCGGCACUGCCAUCCAGUCUUCCACCGGCGUCGCGACUGACCUCCCGACUAGCACCGCCUCGGCCUCCGGCACUGAGCAGCCCACCGCUCCCUCCACCACCGGUCUCUCCACCUCUGUCCCCGUCAUCCCCACCGGCGGCUCUUCCUCCACCGGCGCCCAGGGCUCAACGCCCGGUGCCUCCUUCUCGACCUCGGUCCGCUCCAGCAGCGCCGUGAAGAGCACCUCUACCGCCACCGCCACCAAGACCAAGUCCUCUUCGGAGUCGUCCGGCACCUCCGCCUCCAAGUCGUCGUCUACCGGCGCCGCCGCCUCGACGAGCAGUGGUGCCGCCGUCCCCAUGGCCACCGCCGGUCCUGUCGGCCUCAUCGCCGGUGCGGCGCUGGCUGUUCUGCUGUAA